AUCUAGUUCCCUUGCAUUGGAUUUCACAUAUCGAGUGAUAUUCCCAACUGCACUCGUACAUCGGGAAGGCAUAUGAUCGUGCAGAGUGCCUCGAAAGUAUGAGAAAAAGGCGGAAUAGAUUCCCGAAAGGGCAAAAGAGCGAAGCUUAACAAUUAACAUAAAGAGAGAUUAUCUUUUCAUGUAUCUCCACCUUCAAAGAGAAUCUGUAAGAUUUUGAAGCCUGGUCAUGUCCUAUAUUGAGCUGAGUACACAUACAUUAAGGGAACUGCCUAGUCUCGAGAACCCGAAACAGUAUCAACUCCGAAGGCGAAAUGUUGAACACGUUAAAAACUAUCCGUUAUUGCGACUCCGCCUUUGGUAUUCGAUGCCGAGACACUGUUCAGUAGGGAACGCCUGUUAUAUACUUGCCAAGCAUUGCAUGACAUUGAUUUGCAGAGAGAGAUGGACUUUGCGAUCACACCACCUCCGGCCAAAACCGUGAGUGCUGCAAUGGCGAUUUCUCAAUUCCCAGAGAACCCCAAAUCCCUGAUCUUGCAUCAAUGCAAGACACCAAGAGACCUCAAUCAGGUCCAUGCCCACCUCAUCAAAACCCGCCUUAUCUUCAACCCGUCCAUCGCCGAGAACAUCCUCGAAUCGGCGGCAUUAGUCCUGGCCAAUUCCAUGGAGUACGCGGUCUCCAUAUUCGACAAGAUCGCAGGACCCAAUUCAUCGGCUUACAAUGUCAUGAUCAGGGGAUUCACAUAUAAACAGUCACCCGAGAGGGCUGUGGCCCUGUUUGAGGAGAUGUGCCAAAACUCGGUCCAGCCUGAUGAGUUUACUUUCCCUUGUGUCCUGAAGGCUUGCUCCAGGUUGGGAGCUCUGAGUGAAGGGAAACAAAUCCAUGCCCAGGUUUUGAAGCUCGGGUUCGGGUUAGAGGGAUUCGUCGGCAACACCCUGAUUCAUAUGUAUGCAAGCUGUGGCGGAAUCCACAUUGCCCAUAAAUUGUUUGAUCGAAUGCCUGACAGAGGGGUCAUGACUUGGAAUUCCAUGUUUGCUGGUUACAGCAGGAGUGGUAAUUGGAUCGAGGUCACGGAGUUAUUUAGAAAGAUGUUAGAAUCAGGAGUCCAGUUCGAUGAGGUGACGAUGAUCACUGUUCUGACCGCUUGUGCGAGGUUAGCUGAUAUCGAACUGGGAAAAUGGGUUGGGGACUAUAUCAAGGCGAAUGGACUGAAGAGGAACCCCACUUUGACCACUUGUCUAGUUGACAUGUAUGCGAAAUGUGGCAGUUUGGACCUCGCGCGGAUAUUGUUCGAUCAGAUGGAACAGAAGGAUGUCGUCGCUUGGAGUGCCAUGAUAUCAGGCUACUCCCAAGCAAGGAAAUGCAAAGAGGCGCUUGAUCUUUUCCAUCAGAUGCAAGCUGCAGAAGUGGACCCGAACGAGGUUACCGUGGUGAGUGUGCUCUCUUCUUGUGCAGUCCUCGGAGCCCUGGAGACGGGAAGGUGGCUUCACUUGUUUGUCAAGAAGAGAUGGGUGAAGCUCACUGUUCCCCUUGGGACUGCACUGGUGGAUUUUUACGCAAAAUGCGGAAUGAUAGAUAAGGCCAUCGAGGUGUUCAUGGAGAUGCGCUGCAAGAAUGUGUUUUCCUGGACAGCGCUGAUUCAGGGUCUUGCUAGUAAUGGGCAGGGAAAGAGGGCUCUUGAUUUCUUCCGCCAGAUGCAAGAGGAGAACGUUCCUCCGAAUGACGUGACCUUUCUCGGGGUACUUUCAGCGUGCAGUCACUCUGGUCUAGUCGAAGAGGGUCGGGAUUUCUUUGUCAGUAUGAACAGAGACUUCGACAUCGAGCCAAGGAUGGAACAUUAUGGCUCCAUGGUCGAUAUUCUCGGACGAGCUGGGAGGAUUGAGGAGGCUUACCAGUUUAUAAACAACAUGCCAAUUAUGCCAAACACUGUCAUCUGGAGAACACUAUUAGCUUCUUGCAGGGCUCAUAAGAAUGUCGUGUUUGGGGAUGAGUCAAUUAAGCGCAUAGCGGAAAUAGAACCUUUGCAUAGUGGCGACUACAUUCUCCUGUCGAAUCUAUAUGCCUCUGUUGGCAGGUUGGAGGAUGCAAUGAGGGUGAGGAGUCUGAUAAAAGAAAAGGGUAUCAAGAAGGCACCGGGAUGUAGCUUGGUCGAGCUCGAUGGAGUUGUUCAUGAGUUUCUAUCAGAAGAUGAUUCGCGUUCUUGCUCGAGCGAGAUAUACAGAGCGACUGAGGACAUGAUAAACCGGAUCAGAUCUGCAGGUUAUGUCCCUAACGUGGAAGAAGUUAGGUUAGAUGUGGAGGAAGAUGAUAAGGAAGUCUCGUUAUCUCAUCACAGCGAGAAGUUGGCCAUUGCAUUUGCUCUUAUCAAGACACGCCCCAGGACUACCAUCAGGAUUUCGAAGAACCUCAGAGUCUGCUCAGACUGUCACAACGCAGCAAAAGUAAUCUCCAAGGUGUUUGAUCGAGAGAUCAUUGUCAGGGAUCGGAACCGAUUCCAUCACUUCAAGGAUGGAUCCUGCUCCUGUAAUGAUUUCUGGUGAACCAAAAAAAAAAAACUAGGAGACUGUAUUCUCAGUUCAUCAAAUACAGAUUUGAUCUUAUUAAUGUACACGGAGCUUGAUCUUCUGCA